AGAUGAUCGUGUUAUUGGUUACACUGCUUUAUCUCCAUCGAGGAUAUACACUUAUCCCGAUAACUUCAGUUCAACUUGGUGAAACUGUAACCUUCACAUGUGAUCUGCGUAAGAAUUCACAGUUCAGCCGUAGAGAAGUCGACUGGUACAAGCAGAGUACCGGGGACACUCUAAAAUUAAUAUGGACACUGAAGGAAUCUGCACAACCUGAGUUUUCUGCUGAGUUUACUCAAUCAAGAUGGAAGGUUAAUUACAAUGAAAAUUUCACCAACCUCACCAUUUUGAGGGCAAACCAAGAGGACGAGGGAAUCUACCACUGUGGAAUCACCGAGUGGUUCAAGAAUACUGAAUGGAGUGGCUCAUAUUUGUUAGUCAAAGGACGCACUCAAAGGACAUCAGACUAUACUGUUGUUCAGUCACCGCUGACAACAGUCCAGAAACCAGGAAACUCGGUGACUUUUCAGUGCUCAGUCUUCUCUGACUCUGACAAAAAGACAUGUCCCGGAGACCUCACUGUGCUCUGGUUCAGAGCUGGAUCACAUAAAAGUUAUCCAAAAUUAAUCUACACUGACAGAAACAAAAGUAAAGAAUGUGAUAAAAGAGCUGACCCCCAGAAGAGCUGCAAUUAUACUUUUUCUAAAAUCGUCAACUCGUCUGAUGAAGGGACUUACUACUGUGCUGUGGCCACAUGUUGGGAAUUAUUCUUUGGGAAUGGAACUAAACUUCAAAUAGAGCAAAAGGCAGGUUCUGAAUUUACUGUGCUGGUUAUAGCAAUAAUCUGCUUGUUUAUUUCUGUGAUUCUCACUAUUGUUUGUUGCCGAACUCAAAGAGGAACAUGUGAACAGUGUAAAGAUGCAGUUGCUUUGCAAGCAAAUGUAACAGCAAAAGGAGAUCAGAAAAUUCCACAGACAGAUGAAGACUCAUUGGCUUAUUCUGUAGCCAUUUUCACUUGUGGAAAGAUAAGAUCCAGGAACAAGGACUACAGAACCUGCAGAGGACAAGAACGUCUAUACUUAUUUGAAACCUCGUAA